AUGAAUAAAUCUGUCAUUGAACUUAAUUCUUCACGCAGCAGAUCUAGGGAUAAAAUCGGAAGAAUUGAAGUAGAGGAACUCGAAUGUAAUCAAAUAACAACAUCAGAUAUUGUAAUCACCACGAUAGAGUCGAAAAGAGAUUUGGAAAGUUUUACUACCAUUUCUACUACAAUGAAGACACUAAAAAGUUUAUCGUCAACAUCUUAA